AUGCAUAUACAAUUAUUACUAAUAACAUUAAUAGUAGUUUUUGCAGCUUAUUUGGGGGCAUCAAGUGGUCAAGAGGUACCAGCUUGUGAGAGUUCAUGUGGCAAUGUUAGUAUUACAUUCCCAUUCGGAUCAGGUCCGGGAUGCUACUACAGUCCCGAUUUCCUAGUAACUUGUAACCGCUCAUCUGGUGAGCCAAUACCGUUCUUUGGAACAGGCAAUGUUGUGAUAUCAAAUAUGUCAACGAGCAAGAGUGAAAUGGAAAUUAUGGCAUUUGUAGCGCGUGAUUGCUAUAACACUUCUGGUCAAGCAGGCGGAAUCCGUGCAUGGUUGAGGUUGAGGGAUUUCAGAGUCUCAACCAAGAAUAAAUUUGUAGCCAUCGGGUGUGAUACACAAGCCCGUGUUAGUGGAAGAAGGGGGAAUGUCUCCGAUGGCAUUGGAUGUAUUUCUACAUGCAGGAGAAAUAGCCUUAUUGCAAAUGGAUCUUGUUCAGGAGUCGGGUGUUGUGAAGCAUCAGUGCCUGAAGGAAUCAGAUCUUACAACAUAACACUACGUAGCUUUAAUAACCAUAGGAACAUAAUAAAUUUCAACCCUUGCAGCUAUGGUUUCUUCGUUGAAGAAGGAAAAUUUAACUUUUCCACCAGUAAUCUGCGUGAUUUUAGAAGUGUCGAAAAGAUGCCCAUGUUACUUGACUGGGCAAUUGGUGACUUGACUUGUGAUGUAGCAAGUCAGAACACUAGUAACUUCCUAUGCAAGGGAAACAGCAAAUGUGAUCAAGAUUAUGCCGGUCCUGGAUAUCGUUGUAACUGCGUUGAAGGUUAUGAAGGCAAUCCCUAUAUUGAAAAUGACUGCAAAAAUAUUAAUGAGUGUGAACGAGGAAAUCAUGAUUGUGAACAUGAAUGCAUUGAUACCGAAGGAAGUUAUACAUGUUCUUGUCGAAAGGGCUACUCUGGAGAUGGUAGGAGAGAUGGAACAGGUUGCACUCAAGAUCAAUCAACCCUUAUAAAGGUUGUUGUAGGUACCUCAGCUGCUGCUAUAUUACUGCUUGUAUUUGUGACCUGGUUGUACUUUGGACUCAAGAGGCGAAAGCUUGUAAUGCUUAGAGAAAAAUUCUUUAAGCAAAAUGGAGGACUAAUGUUGCAGCAACGUAUUUCUGGAGAUAUUAGUUCUAAUGAUCGGGCAAAAGUCUUCACCAUCGAAGAGCUUAAGAAAGCAACAAACAACUAUGAUGAGAGCAGGAUUAUCGGCAAGGGUGGCUAUGGCACGGUCUAUAAAGGAAUUCUAUCUGAUAACAGAGUAGUUGCCAUUAAGAAGUCGAAAUUAGCAGAUCAGACGCAAGCCCAGAUAGAGCAAUUUAUCAAUGAAGUCGUUAUCCUCUCUCAAAUCAAUCAUAGAAAUGUGGUGAAACUGAUUGGAUGUUGUUUAGAAACUGAAGUUCCUUUACUAGUAUAUGAAUUCAUUCCAAAUGGCACGCUCUCAGAUCACAUCCAUGAAAAAGGCAACACGUUGGCUAUUACAUGGGACAUCCGGUUAAGGAUAGCAACAGAAGCAGCUGAAGCACUUUCAUAUUUGCACUCUGCAGCGUCUGUCCCAAUUAUCCAUCGAGAUGUCAAGCCGAUGAAUAUACUAUUGGAUGAUGAUUAUGUUGCAAAAGUAGCUGAUUUUGGAGCAUCUAGGCUAGUUCCUAUGGAUCAAAUUGAGUUGGCCACUAUAGUGCAGGGGACCCUAGGAUACUUAGAUCCUGAAUAUUUGCAAACGAAUCAGUUAACAGAUAAGAGCGACGUUUAUAGUUUUGGGGUAGUACUGGUGGAACUCUUAACAGCAAAAAAGGCUCUUAGCUUUGACAGGCCAGAAGAAGAGAGGAACUUAGCCAUGUAUUUUAUAUCUUCUUUGAAACAAGGGAGACUAUUCCAUGUUCUUGAUCAACAAUUGCAGCUAAACGAAGUUCCUAACGAGAUCAUCCAAGUUUCAAGGCUUGCAGAAAGAUGCUUACGUGUUAGAGGAGACGAAAGGCCUACUAUGAAAGAAGUAGCUAUGGAGCUUGGAGGAAUAAUGGCAUCAAUGAUACAAAAGCAUCCAUGGGUACAAAGUAGUUCAAAUGAAGAUGAAGCUGAGCACUUACUUUCAAAACUAAAUGAUGAUCACUUUGAACACACAAAUGAAACCAAUACCAAUGUAAACUCAAGUACUUUUGAUAGCAUGAACCAACAUAGUAUUUUAGCCAUUUCUAGUGGAAGGUAA